AUGGCGAGCCACGAGGGUUCACGAAAGCGACUUAAGAUGUCCCGGAGCGAAGCAAGAACAGCAGGCACAAACGACAUGGUAUCCCUCGCCUCAGCAUCAACCUCUGAAAUGGUACCAACCACACAAGGCCCGUCAUGCCACACCGGCGCCUGCCAGCACGAGCAGCAUUUGAAAACCCUCAACACCGACGUCGACGCCAUGCGCCAACUCAUCACCUGCAAGAUCUGCGACCGAUUGCUCUACGAACCCUACGCUCUUUCAUGCGGACACACCUACUGCUAUCAGUGCCUGCGACAGUGGUUUGACAACAACCGGCACAAGAAAACGUGUCCCGACUGCCGCAUGCUCGUCACCCAACAGCCGACACCUUCUUACGUCCUGCGAGAGCUGGUGCUGAUCUUCGUGAGCCGUAACGAGCUGCUGCCAGAUGGCGAGACGUCGGAUGAGCAUCAUCAGUGGUCGAAGGAGGAGGCGGAUUUGGUUGCCAAGGACAAAGCUAGUACUGAUGCAAGAGAAGGUGGGCUUUUCAAGGGCAUGUUCAAGAAUGUACCCAGGCUGGUAGGAGGGCUGCGGGAUGCUGGCGAUGGCGUGGACAGGUGUCCACACUGCAUGUGGGAGCUCGAAGGACCGGUGUGCUCGCAUUGUGGUGAGAGGGUGGAUGAUUCGGACAGCGAUAUCACGGACGAUGAGCUCGAUCAUGAGAUCGACGCUGAAGAUGCAGCGGCGUUCUUUGGAGCGGACGGUGCGGACGAUUUCAUGGACCCACAGUCCUUCGACGGCAGCUACGACUCAGAGCCAGACGGGCUUGGAAUGGCACGGCUUGAUGCCGAACAAGAUGAGCUAACCAACUACAUCAAUCAGUAUGGCGGCAGGAGGAGAGGUCAUCGAAAUCACCACACGAUCGACUUGGUGUCCGAAGACGAAGAGGAUGACUUUGAUGAUGAUGACGCGGACGUGGAUGGGGAGAUGCAGGGGUUUGUGGUGGACGAUGAUGAUGUCGAUGGCCCGAUCGAGCAGAGUGGAUCAAGUGAAGACGACACAGACGUCCCGCGUCGACGCUUGGUGCGUCGCAGGAGCCCCAUCACGAUCUCGGACGACGAAGGCGAUGGUGCUGCAUCUGCCGGUGCGCCAGUGACGGAGGAGGAUUCAGAGGACGAAGGGCCGAUCGCUCGUGGCAGCCAGAGGAGCAAGCGUGGUGGGCGGGUACCCUUCAGAGGAGCACCAGCUUCACAUUUCGUGGAGAGCUCUAGUGCCGGACCGAGCGAUGGUGAGGAUGACGAGAUGGACCUGCCCGGGCGGCUUGCCGGCUUCUCGCCGCUGGACCAAGACGACAACAGGUCAAGUGACGGAUCAAGUGAAGGGUCAAAUGAUGGGUCAAACGACGGCUCGAGCGAUGAGCAGUCUGAGCCAGUGAGCUCCAUCCAUCCGAUGAACGCCAGCGACGACGAGCUAGAGCUAGACGUUGAUGACUUCGACCACAAUGGGUACGGCGAUGAGCAUGACGACGAGGAUGACGACGGGUGGGGUACUGAAGUCGAGACGCCUCGCCGUUCGAGACCAGCACUGAUGGCGGCUUCGCACCGGCUGCAUACUGGAGCGCAACAUAGACAGCGCCAUACCUCCAACUUCAGCAGCCUCAGCAGCAACAUAAGAUCCCCACCACCACCUGCAAGGUACGCGUACAUGGGCCACCGCACACUCGACCUACCAACCACACGCACGAAUGCUCCUGGGGAGCGCACACGACACCGCAACACCCCAGCCACUCUCCGCCACGCUCAACCCGCCUUCAGAGCCCCGGCUCACCCUUUUCAACUCAGCAACACAUUAGCAUCCGUCAAUAGUGCGUAUAACCAGCGCGCUCAUCAGAACACAGCUCAGCGAUCUUCUCGCUACGAGCCGGAGUCUUCAGGCGAGAGCGGGAGUAGCAGAACCGUCGGGACGAAUGAUGGUGGUCGGGGGAGGAAGAGGACGCUGAGUAUUGCAUCUGAUGACUUCCACUUGCCGUCUGACGUUAGCGUUCCGUCUGAGGGGGUUGAGUUUCAGAGUAUGGUGCAGCGUGGGGAAUGGGAUGAGUAG